AUGCUGCCACUUCUGUCAGUUCUGUUGUUGCUCCUCAGUCCUGCUGUAGCCUGGAUUCCAGUGAACGACUGGGAAUCUGGAAGUGUGACCGCAUCCGUGGGGGAGGCAGGGCAGUGUGUUUGUCAUGUGUAUCUGCCUGACACCACCUUCCCUGCUGACCGUGUUUAGCAUAUGCAAGAAGUCAGCGAGGAUCUGAUAGUGGAAGUGGACAUUUACAAGAACAAGAUGUUGAGUUAUGAGGGAAAGCUGGAAGUCUAUCUAAAGGAACUGAAGGACCUGACAGAUAGGGUGUCCAUACUGGAGAGCAGUUCUGAAAAUUAUAUCAAACUGGACUUUGAGUUGCUCAGGAUUGAGCUCAGAGAGUUUGAGGCUCUGGUGUCUCAGCUCAAAUACUCCCUGAACUCCUCAUCGCCCAUAUUCGACAGCCUCCACACAGAGAUCGUCAACAUGACAAACAUUGUGAACCAACUGGAGAGUUAUGACCAGAGCAACCUUCUAGUGAUUCGCUAUGAGUUCGCUAAGCUGCAGAAGAAGUUGAAGGAGUGCCAGGAGGAGAGAGAUUUUAUCGAACCAGAUAUUGGCAACUGCAAUCACACAGGAAUCCUGAGCAUCAGCAAACCAGUGGUGAUCCAGCUCAAUGCUCACUUGGCUCCAAGUUACCAGUAUGGCGACUGGGGAAAAUACUCCAAACCUCUUCGAGGUUAUGAGUCCAUGUACUUCUAUGGUGCAUCCAGUACUCCUGCAGCCGAUGCCUUCUGUUUGUACUCUAACUAUGACAAACUCAUUCUGCGGUCUGCAUUCAAAACCCAUUCCUUAUCCAGUUCAUCGACAGCUACUGGAAACAAUUACAUUGUUCAUGGUAAUGCUGUAUAUUAUCAGCACAACAGUCCUUUCAGCAUGACCAAACUGAAUCUGACCAGCUCCGCAUUUGAGUACAGAGUGAUUCCAGCUGCUAGUGCAAGGUUCUCUUACAGUUAUUCAGCUAAUCAGAACCUGGAUUUUUCAGCUGAUGAAAUUGGGUUGUGGGUAAUGUAUGCCUCAGAGGAGAGCAAAGGUAAGAUAGUCCUUGCUAAAAUACAUGAGAAAUCUUUUGGCAUUGAGAAUGAGUGGAAGACUGGUGCGUUCAAGGAGUUAGCAGGCAACGCUUUCGUGGCCUGUGGAGUAAUGUAUGUCACCAGGUCAGUGGAUCUCAGCAAUGAAGAGAUCUUCUAUGCAUUUGACACCAAGACUGGGGAGGAGAAACAGCUCAGCAUUCCCUUCCAGAAGUUCCAGCAGGCAUACUCCAACCUGCACUACAAUCCCACCGAUCAGAAGCUGUACAUGUACAACAACGGCUACUAUGUCACCUACAAUGUGAGAUUUGACAAAGAAUGA